ACCUUAGAUGCCUUCUCUCGAUCGCGGCCUGUAGACAAAAAAUACGCGCUCCUUCCCAGCCUCGGAGCUAAUCGAUGUCCCAUCCACAUACGCCGAAUCCUCAGAUGUGUCGACCGUGGCGUGGAAAACAACAUACGCCAUAUCGACAACAUAAAUCUAAAGCUUAUUCCGGUCUCAGCACUGAAUAUUCAGGACCGAGUAAUGCUUCUCCAAAUGAUUCCUAACAUAUACACUCGGGCCCGAACCAGGCCUAGCCACAACCCUCCUCUCAUAGUCUCGGUCAACAAACAUCAGUCGGUGGAGCCUCAUCUCAGUAUGCAUCUCGGCCAAAGAAACCGAGGUUCCGUGCUCCGAAUGUCAUUGUCCACUUUCAAAAUGACCCCGAUUGUGUCCAACUUCUGCCCGUCCUCGAUUGGUGAGCCCGAUCUCCAAACCUUGGCAUCGACUACAUUACAACUCAAUUGGAAGAACCGCAAAAACCUCGAAAAGCCCAAACCACAUACGGAUGGUUUAAAAAUUCUGAAUCCAACAAGAAGAUACAUAGAGUUAUAUGUAGGUUCUUCAUUUGGAGGAAGGAUGAAUUAUCAUUUGAAGGAAAUGAUUGAAGAUGAUUACUUGUUUGAUUUCAUAUACAACUGGGAAGUUGUUCCCACGCAUCUCAUUGACAAGACUCACCUCUUAUAUUUUACAAUGCAAGACAGGUCAAAGAUUGAAUCCGCCGUUGAAUUGUUGGCUCGGCCUGUUGAGCUACAGGCUCUUCAUGUCGACCACGGUCAGGGGCCCGCUAGGAACCAGGCUCAUAUAUAUAUCGAGGCAUGUUUCGAGCCUUCC